AUGGCUGUGGCGAUUCUCGAGUAUUUCCACCCUCUUCGUAAUGGAUUCCAAUCUUGGCUCCACAGUCCCGGUGCCGAUUCCGGGAUUUGGUUUCUGGGCUAUGGCUGCGGAUGGGCUACUCUUCUUUCCCUUCUCCUUAUAACCCUUUUCCACUUUUCCAGGCGCCUUCUCUUCUUCCUCUUUGCUUCUUCCUCGCCUCAACCUUCUCCUCUCUCUGCCGCCACUCCUAAUCCGCUCUCGCCCUCUGGUUCUAACCCUGAAUCCAGAUCAUCGGAGUUGGUAUCAGAAGCAGAUUUGAAGUUCUUGGUUAAAAAUCUGGAUGAGAUUGACGAGAGUGAGAGCUGGGAAGCUGUUAUAGAUAAGAGAAAUAAUCUUCUACAUUAUAACGCAAAAUGCUGCAAGCCCAAGAAUGCUCCUAUGAAGUACUUGAGCGUGACGGUUUUCGAGAAUUGCACUCCUGAGCUGCUUAGGGACUUCUAUAUGGAUAACAAUUACAGAAAGCAAUGGGACAAAACUGUAGUGCAACAUGAGCAACUCCAAGUAGAUCGGUCGAAUGGAACUGAAAUCGGUCGCACUAUUAAGAAGUUCCCACUUUUGACACCUAGGGAGUACAUUCUUGCAUGGAGACUAUGGGAAGGAAAGGAUAAAACGUAUUACUGCUUUAUUAAGGAAUGUGAACAUCAGUCAGCACCAUUACAGAGGAAGUGUGUGCGAGUCAAAUACUUUAGAUCUGUACCUGGUAGGGAUGCUUGUGAGAUCAAAAUGUAUCACCAAGAAGAUGCUGGACUAAAUGUAGAGAUGGCAAAGUUGGCUUUUGCUAGGGGCAUAUGGAGUUACGUAUGUAAAAUGCAUGCUGCACUAUGCAAAUACCCGUCGAGUAGUCAACCAGGAACUGAUCCUGCUACUGCACUCUCUCUGGUUCAGAAGAUUCCUUCUGGAAUCGAAAUAAUGGACAAUUUCAAGGGCACUCCUGAGAAUCCAACUGCACCUGCUGCUACUCUUGGCAUGAGUAUGAUGGGGAGUAGGAAGAGGAAAUUAGAGAGGCGGCAAUCAGGGAAAGUGGUGGCAAACGGGCUGCUUCUGGUUGGAGGAGUCAUCUGUCUAUCCCGUGGUAACUGUAGCCUGGGAGCUAAAGUUGCCAUGGGCUACCUCUUGACGAAACUUGGGAAACACAAUGCUCGUCAAUCAAUUGGCGAGAGCUAG